AUCAUAUAAAACUUUCCACAAGCACUAGUUGUGAUGAUUAUAUUUAUCUUGUUUAAAAUAAAUAUCUUUCACAAUUUUCCACAAAACAGGUUUCCUUUGAAGAUGAUGAAAGCAUUCAAUGCAAGUUAGAACAGUUUAUUUCCGGUACGAAGCCAGGAUUCAGGCAAAGCAGAUCCCUGUUCUUGACAUGGUUAGAUUUCAAGGGAUGCGAGAUGCAACAUAUAUCCCGAUAUCAAUCACCUCGAAAAGAAGUGCAUCGCUAAAACGCGGCAAAUAAAUGAGUUACAAGGGGAAAUUCAGAAUUUGAAAGAAAAACUGGUAAAUAAAGACAGGCAGAUUGCAGAUAUGCAGGCAAACCAAAACAGAAUGUAUGCAGAGAAUGAUAGUCUAAUGCUCAGAGUGAAAAUGGCAGAACAGACAGCAGCAAGGGCAAGGGCUUCCCUACCAAAGGAAUCUCGGGUUGCUGCAAAGAAACAGCUUUUGCAGGAAACGGUUACACAAGCAAACAAUGCCAGAUUCGAUCAGACAGCAGAAACUGAAACUUUAGCCGAAAUAGCAGAAAAUAUGACGGUGGCAGUUGUGGAAUAUACAAACCAGAGUGUGUAUAUUGGAGAAAUGGAGGGAAACAUGAUGACCUUUGCCCGUCGGCCAGUCGGAAAACUAACAGUUCUCUCAACGUAAAAAAUAAACAGAGCGUGAUUUUGAAUCCCUUGGACAAAAUGAAAAUUAAUCGUCGAUAUUUAAUUGCAAAAUUCGAAGGAUGUAAGAAAGACAACGUAAUACAAUUAUCGGAAAUUCAGAUUCAACUUAUAAAUCAGUCCGUAGCUUCGUAUUGUUCCAAACAAGCUUCAGACAUCUAAAACCUCAUAUAUUUGGUAUGAUCAUAAAUAUCAGAUAACAGUUUGCCUGUACAUAUCUUUUAAACCUUGUUUUUGUAUUUCAGUAAGCUUACAUUGUGUUUUCAUUUUGUAAAUAUUUGUACAUUUUAUGAUUGAGUUAUUUUUUAUUUACUUUUGCUUUGCCUUAAAGCCUAUUUUAUUUUAGUAAGUUACAAAUUCAAGUUUCAUUUUGUGAACACAGAGAAUCGGUCAAUGGCGAAGUCGGGAAUCUAGUCUUGGUCUCUCUCGAGAAACAUUCCAGUAUGCUAAGCUCUUACCCUACAUAACUCAUUAUUCAUGAAAUAUUACAUUUAUACCCUUUAUUGUCACUUGAUAACAGUUCGAAGGCCAUCAUGCUUUGGCUCA